AUGUCGAAGAAGACGGUGCUCAGGGUGGACACCUCCUGCGACAAAUGCAAACGCAAGGUCCUGCAGGCCGUCUCCGGCCUCCAAGGUGUUGACAAGAUCGAGAUCGACUCGGAGAAGAGCACGAUGACGGUGACCGGCAGCGCGGACCCGGUGGACGUGAUCGAGCGGACGAGGAAGGCCGGGAAGCGCGCGGAGGUCGUCACCGUCGGGCCACCGGCGUCGUCGUCCAAGCCGGGUGCGGCGGGGCAGCAGCAGAAGAAGAAGCAGCAGCCGGCGGCCGAGGAGAAGGUGCAGCAGCCGGCGGCCGCGGAGAAGAGGGCGCUCGAGCCGCCGGCCACGGUGUACGUCCACUACGUCCCCUCCUACUCGUGGCCAUCCUACGAGCAGAGCGUGGUGUACCACCACCAGGAUCCCCCACCAGCUUGCUCCAUCAUGUAGAUCAUGCCAUUUAAUUUGAUACAAUCUUGCGA